GCCCAGCAGGGCAGAUCCAGAUCCGCCGCGGGAGACCAGAACCAAGACCAUCCCGGUGGAUGUCCACCGCAACGUGCCGCCACAGGAGGUCAAGCAGCUGCUGCUUGGCGAUGACGACGCGAACAUGGACUACAUCCGGUCGGAGGUCGCCGAGGGGACGCACGUCGACUUCCUCAACAGGAACGUGCUCGGCAGGCCCGAGUUCAUCGUCAAGUCGGAUGACGAGGACGACCUCGGCAAGGCCGUGGAGAUGAUCAAGGACCUGCUGGAGGCCAUGCAGGAGGACCUGCAGGCGCACCCAACCGACCUCGAGGGCAGCAGCGCCUCUCGACCGCGGUCGAGAUUCCACGGUUUAUGA